CUGAGCAACGGAGGGGGAGAAGGCCGAUGCGCACAGCCAGAACUGCAGCAGCGGCUGGGCUGGGCUCUAACACACACGCACACACACACACACACCUUCGACAGCUACACACACCGGAGAGGAAAAGGGAUGGCCUAGCUGUGUUGUGUUCUCAGCAGUCUAUGAGCAGUGAGCUUCCUUGACCAGAGUAGGUGUGUACCAGAGGCUGCAGAGAUGAGUGUGACCUCCUGGUUCCUGGUGAGCAGUGGGGGGACACGCCACCGACUGCCCCGGGAAAUGAUCUUUGUUGGCCGGGACGACUGUGAGCUAAUGCUACAGUCCCGCAGUGUGGAUAAGCAGCAUGCAGUCAUCAACUAUGAGACAGGGACUGACGAACACAAGGUCAAGGACCUGGGCAGCCUGAAUGGGACCUUUGUUAAUGAUGUCCGAAUCCAGGAGCAGAUGUACAUUACUCUGAAGCUGGAGGACAAACUGAGGUUUGGAUAUGAUACCAACCUGUUCACGGUUGUCAGAGGAGAGCUUACUGUGCCUGAGGAGGCUCUAAAGCAUGAAAAAUUCACCAGCGGCCUCCAGCUCAGCAAGAAGCCAUCCAUUGGGGAAACCACUACCACUACAACCACAAGCAGGUCUCCCUCUAAGACCCCCACAAAGACGCUAAAGUCCCCAAGUGGAAGCAGCCAAAGGUCAGGAGAGAGUAGAGCAGCAGACGGGGUCACUUCCUCCAAAGACCUACCAGUUAAACCUGUGGAUUCUCAUAAAGCAGAGGAGAGGUUGGGAGUUGAUGCUUCAGCACUGCCUCGUGGGACCCCCCUGUAUGGCCAGCCGUCUUGGUGGGGGGAUGGGGAUGCAGACGAUGAGAACUCCUUCAAACAGGAAACAAAGCCAUCCAGCAAAAAAUAUGACAGCUCCAUAUCAGACAACAAAGAGGCACGUCGAGGGGAGAAAUCUAAAGAGGGCAGCCUUCAUGCGACCGCCAACGACGAUUCCAGUUACUUUGAGAUCCCCACCAAGGAGGGUCACAUGGCCAAUAAUGGCAUCCAUGAGAUUCCAACCAAGGACACAGAGAGCGCCGCCACAGCAGCUCAGGGUCAUGCCUCCUUCACCAUAGAGUUUGACAACACUUCUCCCGGGAAAGUCACCAUUAAAGACCAUGUGUCAAAGUUCACACCCGACCACCCCAGACCGCGCUCCAAGAAGAGUGGAGCAGGAAGUGGAGGAGCAGGAGGGAGAGACUUGAGCACACUACAAGCUGCUAUGAUGGCGUCAGAGAGCAAGGUUGCAGAUUGGUUGGCCCAGAACGACCCUACUCUGGUGCGCAGCGAGUCAACAGAGGACGACAGCAAGAGCAUCAAGAGCGACGUGCCAGUCCACCUCAAAAGGCUAAAAGGCAGCAAACAUGACGAUGGCACCCAGAGUGACUCAGAAAAUGGGUUGGGUCUGCGUUUCGCCAACCGUCGCCACGCCCUCGAAGAACGCCUAAAAGCAGCACACGCCACCGCAGGAGGAGCUGGAGGAACAGCAGGGGGGAAUAUAACAUUGAGUGGGAGCAGAGGAUCUGGCUCCCGCACUGGCUUCAUGAUCGAGUUAUAUGAUGAGGAAAACCCUCGCAAGCGCCGGUCAUAUUCGUUUUCCCAGACUGCUCCCCUGCAGGUGGGAGGAACAGGUGGAGAGGGAUUGUGUCCUCAGCCUCCUUCUCAUCCUAAGGUGUUCAGCAUUUCCACCUCUGCUGCUUCAGCGUCAGAUUCUGGUAAGGCUCCUAUACCAGCUACAGUGACAGCAGGUGCUCCGACAGCUGCCCGCGCGCUUCUCAAACAGAGGUCAGAGGAUCUAAGUAUUGGUCGCUGCUCAGUCAGUACCGGUCUGGCAACAGGUAGCCCCACCAGCCCCAGCGAGGACGCCUCAGUCGUGGGAAAAGGAGCGGAUACAGUCGGAGGAGAGGCAGAGGAUGAUCAUAGCGAUAAGGGGACUUACACUAUCGACCUGGAGAACAAGAAUCCAGAAGAAGAGGAGGCCAGGCGCAUGAUAGACAAGGUGUUCGGUGUACAGCAGAACCAGGACUCCUCUAUUCUGGCAGACCUUAAAGGAGAAGUAAAAAGAAAGGAGACGAGAGAGACAGGAAAAGAGGCUCUUCCUGGUGACACGAGCUGGGUCUCUGAGUGGGCCAGUCUAGCAGCCAAUCACACCAGGACGGACCCAGAAGGCUCAGGAGCAGAAACAGCCACCUUCCUGCACAAAGAGAGAGCUGAUGCCUUUGAGUCUGGCGCAUCCCUCAGCAGAGGUGAAUCUUCCUCCAGUCUGACUGACCGCAAGCGCAGGACCCUCCCCCAGCUCCCUGUGGAUGACCCCCGGGCUAAAUCCAGCACCAAAGCUCUGGGAGUGAGAUCUGAGAUUGGGGAGAAACAAGACACUGAACCCCAGGAAAAAGAGAACAAGGGAGACGGGGAGUCCCCAAUUGCCAUAGGGGACGUUGAGAUGACCAGUAAACGUAAACAGAGCUCCACAUCUUCACCGUCAAAGGCUCCUGCUCGGACCUCUGGCAGCACUGAGCGGAGGAAGAGGUCAGAGGAGCGUAACGGUGGUGGAAGAGGAGCUGGAGAAGUAGGAGAGAAGUCUGGGAAGCCCUUAGUACGCCAAGGCAGCUUCACCAUUGAGAAGCCCAGCGGUAAUGUCCCUGCAGAGCUCAUCCCUCACAUCAACAGAGGCGGCACUGGACGAGAACGCAGUGACUCUGUAGGCAGCAUGGAUACUGCUACGCUUCUGAAGGACACUGAAGCUGUCAUGGCAUUCCUUGAGGCCAAGCUAAGAGAUGAAAACAAACUAGAACAGAAAAGCAGUAAAACUGGCAUCACCACUCAGGGUUCAGGUUCUGGCUACCCUGCUCGGACUGACUCCAUUUCUCCUGAGUCAGAUGUGGACACAGCCAGCACAGCUAGUCAUGCGGCUGGAGAGGCAGAGAGAAAAGGCUUAACUAGCAGCGAACAAAAGCGACGUUCCCUCAGUAGCAUGCACCGAGAGAAGAGUAACAUGAGCACUUCUUCCAAGACCAGCAUCACAAACUCAAGUGCCCGGGAACGCCUGGAGAGGAAGUCUAAAACAAGAACUGCAGAAGCUACAAGUCGGACUGACCCACGCCGCUCUGUUCAUGCAUCCUCUGCCCCCACCAGAGUGCGCCAGCCUUCUCUGGACCUUACUGAUGAUGACCUGACUUCUUCAUUCCCUAUCUCUGACAAUUUUUCCUCAGACCAGGAAACCUACUCUGGACCAUUGGGGCAUUCCAAACUCGACAGUAGGUCCACUAAAACCUCCACCAGUGGCUACUCCAAAACCAGCCGCACUCUCCAGGCAGCCACAACCUCUUCGCUCAACAAGCAAGCCUCACUGCCUCAGCCAAGGCCCACAAGAGCCUCACUUCUCCGCCGAGCAAGAUUGGGAGAUACGUCAGACACAGAUCUAGCUGAUGCAGACAGGGUUUCAGUUGCAUCUGAGGUGUCCACCACGAGCUCCACCUCCAAGCCACCGUCUGGUCGGAAAGGACUUUCAAGACUGGACAUGCUGGCUCAGCCGCGAAGGAACCGCGUGGGCUCCAUUUCAGCCCGCAGUGACUCUGAGUGUACAGUAACCCGCAGCUCCACCUCUUCACCCCGCCUGUCAGCUGAGACCGCUCUGCGUCUGGGCUUGCGCUCAUCAACUCCAACAGAGAACAGGCUGACACCAAGGAUGAGGGCCAACAGCGUGUCCAAACUAAAUGAGACCAAGACGAAGACCACUACAUCUGGAUACUCAUCUCCCACAGAGAGCACUCAGCCUGAUCCUGAGGGUGGUGGUGCUGAGGAAGAGCUGUCGGUGUCAAGUAGCAGCAGGUGGAGACGUCUGCCGCCAGAGUAUGGCUCCACCUCGGAGGAAGAGUUUGGCUCCAACCGAAACUCUCCAAAGCACGGAGGACGCUCCCAUGUUCGGCCCCAUCACCUUGUACCACACCGCAGCACAAGACCCGGAACCAGUCCAAGCACAGGAUCCAGCAUGGUGACUGGCGUGGGUGGAGUUGGGGUCAAACACCGCAUGAGAGAGCAGGAGGAGUACAUCAGGGACUGGACAGCACAUAGCGAGGAGAUAGCCAGGUUAUUCCCAUGUGUGCGCAGGAUCAGCCAGGACCUGGCUAAAGAUUUGGCUGUCUUGGCUCGUGAGAUACAUGAUGUAGCCGGGGAGAUUGACUCAGUUAGCUCAUCUGGCACAGCACCCAGCACCACUGUCAGCACCGCUGCCACAACCCCAGGAUCAGCUAUCGACACACGGGAAGAGGUAGGCCCUGCACGUCCCACGCAGCCGGAAAUACAGGAGAGCAUGAGAAAGUUGGUGGAUCGAGUGUUUGAUGAGAGUCUCAACUUUAGGAAGAUCCCACCUGUCAUUUCAACCAAUAAGGCUCCAGAGAUUAACGGCAAACCGGUGGAGCUCCGUCCCCGCGCCCCUGACAGUCUGGAGCCUCGAGCCCUGAGAAGACGAACCUGGAACCGAGAAGAGGCAGUGUUAGACAGCCUGCUGAUCAACUCAGUCUCUCAGCUCUCCACCAAGAUCAGACACUCGAUUGACAAAACAGCAGGCAAAAUCAGGAUAUUGUUCAAGGAUAAGGACAGGAACUGGGAUGAAAUUGAGAGUAAACUGAGAUUGGAGAAUGAUGUACCUCUUCUGAAAACGUCCAACAAGGAGAUAUCCUCAAUUCUGCUCGAACUGAAGAGAGUUGAAAAGCAGCUUCAGGUGAUCAAUGUGAUGGUGGACCCAGACGGGACUCUAGACGCCCUGGCCAACCUCGGCCUUACCAGCCCCACCACCCCAACCAAGCCCUUAACAGCCAAAACAACUUCCACCUCUGCCACCAGCCCUGGGUCUGCGCCCCAAGCCAAAGAAUCACUUCCUGAGGUCUUACCUGGGCCUGGAGGAUCAUCAGCAAGGGUUCAGGCUUCCUCUGCCAACACAGAGGCGCUUUCACGAGACCCCAAUGUAGGAUUAGGGUUAGCAGGAGUCGGAGGGCUGCCAUUCAACCGCAUGCGGCCCAGCGGAGAGGAGGCCAUAGCACAGAAGUAAAUAGAAGUUGAAAUAAGAUGCAGCCUUGAUUGGAGUGCUGUUGGCUGUUGUUAAACAAGCAGGUGUAAAAACAUUUCAACUGUUUCCAUUCUGCUCAGUCUACCAGUCCAGAAUUAUGGGUAUGAUAUAAAAGUACCUUGAAGUGUCAUCAGACUCUGCCAGGAAUUAAGCACUUCAUAUGACCACUCACAAUGCUAAACCCCAACAUCAUGGAACUCUCUUAGCCAAUACAGAAAUGGACUGAGUUAUUUACUUUACAAGUUUCUCAACUCUGAACUCUUCAUGCUCACUUGCCCACCUGACUUCCUGAUGGACCUGGCUGCUCUCUCAGUGGACAGAUCUCUUAGCUUGUACAGUCUCCUUCAGUCUCCACUUGCCUUCUCCACGUGUCUGGACCCUACCUACACUAAGGACUUGCCUUAUAACAUAUCCUAAUAGUAGCAGCUCCCGCCCCCCUUCAGAUAAUAUUGUACUUUAAUAAGACUUUAUUAAAGUACCUUUCAGACAAACAGAAAGCAUUGUAAGAAAACACUUGCAAAAUAGGAUCUAUUUACACUAUUGUAUAAUGCAACACAACACCAUGAUCUAUAAAAUAAUAUUUCAGCGGCCUUAAGUAACAGACAUGCUUUGUAUGACUGAAACUGUUCACAAAUCAGACAGAAGUUGCAGAAGUUUGAGAUAAUCCACAACUCUAACCGUCCACUGAAGCAUCUGUAAAACUAUUCUGUUGAGAAGGAUAUUUUAGUGCCUCCUCCUUUCCCCUGUAUGUUUUAUACUUUCCCUUCCUCUAUCUUCCUGUAGUGUUACACAAAGUGUGUAACUCGAGUAGCAUGUACAGGACAGAGCUGAGAGCUUUGCCUCCUGAAUAUUGGUGUCUGUGUUGAUUGUACUAAUGCUGAGUCUUAGUUUGAUUUCCCUAUAGUAAGAGCAUUCUGGAAACCAAUGAUCAUUGUCACUCAAAAGAAUCACUUACCAAAGUUAACCAGAUUAAUGAUACUGUCAUUUUCAAACCGUCGAGCUAUGUUGAAAUUCAUCUGUUUUGCUAAAUAUUCUGAAUCUGUAUUUCAGCAGUUUGUUUUAUACAUCUCACCAUUUUCUGCAGUUUUCUCUGAAUGUCAAACGCCCCUUUUCCAUCAAAAAAUCGAAGAUUUCACCUUUUUAUUUAUUAUAAUGAAACACUAGUUAAAUCUUUGCGGUCAGGUUUUGGCACAUGGGAGUUGUUGCCCUUAGCUUUUAGCAGUACAUGCACUCAAGUGUCCUAACUGUAUGAUUUCCAAUUGGAUUUAUUUCUUCCUUUUUCUUUUUCCUGUCGCAGAUGCUGUGACAUAUUCCUAACCAGCAAUGAAAAAAUAAAUCUUGGUUUUAAGCUAAAUAUUUAAUAGUAUUUAGAUACUGGUUUUGUAGAUAUUGCAGACCAUUAUUUUUUAAUGCUUUAAGUCACCUGACAAAACAUUUUUUUUUAUGUUUUUGACCCAACCCGUUUUCAGCUUGCUUAAUCACUAAACCUAAACAUUGAACAUAUGCAGCCGUUUGUUGUAGUUGAUAUCUAAAGAAAUAGGCAACUUUCAAUGAGGCCUUUGCACUUCAAGUUUGUUAAUUCGAAAUUAACACAUCUUUGAAAAGAAAAUGCUUGUUAUAUGGCCUCAUAUCAGUGUAUAUACUGUAGGUGAAUUGUUCUAUUCCCACCAAUGAGGAGAAAAUCCAGCGUACUGGAACUGUGGAAUUGCAGAGACAGAAGACUUUUACCACUUUUUUUAAAUUGACUUUGCUGCCUUUCUUGUUCUUUUGGGCUCUUAUGAGGACUAACGGGUUUCUCAGUCUCUCUUCAUCUUGUAGUCUGUGCUCUAGAGUAAGGCAGUAUAUUAGAACUUAGAAACUUUUACAAUUGUGAAUUUAGCUACCAGAAUUCAUGUUCAUUUCCUUCCCUCUCUACUGUACUGUACAAUGUUUUUCAAUGCCUCGAAGUGCCCAUUUUGACAAUAGAAAGGCAUUGAUGAAAAGAAAAGUAAAAUAUGUUUAAAAAUCUCUUUUUUGCACAUCAGAUUGUGGUGUUUUUUCAUACAGAAGUGACAAAGCAGUGAAAGGCUGUAUCAAAUGUCAAAUAGCUUGACAAUGAAUGAUAUUAAUUUACCUGAUAUCAGAAGUGACUGCCUUGACUCUCUGGAACUGUUCUGUCUGUAAAAACAAAGCCUCUAAUCACCUUUUUUUCCUUCUCCCUGUGUUUUUCAAAGUGAAGUUAGGGGACUGUGAAUGCUAGGUACGUUUAUUUUUGGAAUUCUACAUGUCAUCCGAUCAGUGUUCUUUUUUUUGUUAUUUUUGUAAAGAAAAAAUAAAACCAUUUUAUUUAUUUUUUUGUUUAAUAUUUUGUGGAUGUUUCAUGUAUUUUAUAUUUGUUCCAACUACCUGCAUUGUUUCUUACUGAUAUUAAAAGAGAGCCAUUCA